AUGGCAUCAGGUGCAAACGGAACAAAUGCAGUUUUUUUACAAAACCACAUUGAUUACUUAGGAAGGCGUAUAAGCGCAGAAGGUAUUUUGCCAGAACCAUCAGGAGUAACAGACGUUCAAAACUUAAAACGGCCUGAAAAUCUCAAAGAAGUGGAAUCUCUAAUUGUACAACACGGGAAUGCCCUUUUAAGACUACCCGAAGGUCCGGAUAACAACUUUGAUCAAGAGAACAAUUGUUUUGCAUUCGAAGAGCUGGAUACCCCAAUUGAUGCAGAGGUUAUCCGAUUUCUUACGAAGAGGGAUAUAACUCUCAUGAAAGUUCACCGUUUCAUACAACAAGGGUGGCCUACAUCCGUAGGACCACAACAGGCAGAUAUACUGCCCUAUUUCCAACGUAAUACUUCUUUAGUUAUUAUUGAUAACAUUAUUUGCUUACAGGGCCAUUCAAAUCGAUUUAUAAUUCCCACAAAACUGCGCCAACGCGCUCUUGAACUGUUGCUCGAAAGCCACUGGGGCGUAGUUCAAAUGAAACAAUUAGCUCGAAGAUACUGCUGGUAG